AAUGAACUCUACAAUACAACAAAUCUCAGACAGUCAUUGUCAUUUGAAUCCAGAAUGCACACCUGAAGAUGUAGAUAAACUAGCAGAAAUACUAAACCAUGAUUCAGAACAGUUCCCCAAACACUUCUUUCAUAUCAUGACUACAAAUCAUAUUGAUUUGAAUUUGCUUGACAAACUAUUGGAUCAGUUGGAUUGUCCUGGAAUUGUUGUACCUUAUUUUGGCAUACAUCCUUGGUUUUGUCAUUUGUUUUACAUAGAUAAAUCUGAAGGAGAUGACUUUAAAAGCCGGCAUUAUUCUAGCGUAAUGCUUCCUCCACCUUCGGAAGCCCUCUUGGAGAUGUUGCCUGAUCCAAUAAGUAUCACACAACAUAUCCUGAAAAUCCGAGAGAUAAUCGCCAAAAGACCAGAACUAGUUUAUGGAAUUGGUGAGAUUGGAGUUGAUAAGUUGUUCAGAAUCCCCCUGAAUGGAUUCUAUGGAAAUUUGAAAUAUCCGUGUGAUCAGUCAGCACCGCUUGCCCCUAAUCGAGUGAUUCUCUCUCAUCAAGUGAAAAUAUUUCUGGAAUUUCUAAAGCUUGCUAAUGAAUUAAAGAAACAAGUGUCUUUGCAUUGCGUAAAGGGACAUGGAGUUUUAUAUGAUGAAGUGGCAAAACAUAAGGAUAUACCAGUUGUCAUCCUACAUUCGUAUACUGGAUCACUCGAUACUGUCAAAAUGUGGAUUAAAAAAUGCAAGUCUAGAGUUUUCUUUUCAUUUUCAAACUAUAUAAAUGGAGAGAAGUAUGAAAUGUUGACUAAGAUUGUACAAUUAUUGGAGCCAACUCAUAUACUCACUGAAACUGAUAUGCCUAUUGAUAAAUUUUUUAAUUCUGAUAACUCCCAGGGUUAUUAUAUGCAUUUACAAGGUAUACUACAAAAACUUUCAGAUUUAAAAUCAGUAAAUCCUCAACAAAUUCACGAAAAUGUGUUAUAUUCAAUUGGCAUACCCAAGUAGGAUGAUAUAUAUAUAUAUAUAUAUAUGUAGUUAAUUGUCUAAAAUUUACAAUCUUGACUUGAUAAUGUCAACAAAUUCUGGCUUUAAGGAAGCACCACCAACUAAGAAACCAUCAACGUUAGCCUUGUCCUUGAAUUCUGGAGCGUUCUUUCCGUUGACAGAACCACCGUAUAAGAUUCUAACGGCAGCAGCUUGGUCAGCACCAAUGGUCUUGACUAAGUGGUCUCUGAUACCCUUGUGGGUUUCUUCAGCAUCUUCUGGAGUGGCAGCUAAACCAGUACCAAUAGCCCAGACUGGUUCGUAAGCAAUAACAAUAUCCUUCCAGUCAGAGAUGAUCUUGGAAACGGCAUCCAAUUGUCUGGCACAGACAUCUAAAGUAACACCAGACUUUCUUUCUUCCAAAGUUUCACCAAUACACAAGAUAACCUUGAUACCGGAAUCUAAAGCAAACUUGGUCUUUUCAGCAAUGAAUUCAUCGGAUUCCUUUAAAAGAGUUCUUCUUUCAGAGUGACCGGUUAAAGUCCAAGUGGCACCAGUAUCCAAGAUUUGUUGUGGAGAAAUUUCCCCAGUGUAGGCACCAGAAGCCUUGGUGUAGACAUUUUGAGCACCAACUUCAACGGUGGAUUGAGUGUUCUUGGCCACAGCUAAACCCAAGUAUGGGGCUGGUGGACAAAUGACAACUUGUACGUUGGCUGGGAGAUCGGCUUGGUUUAAACCUUCCACGAUCUUGGUGAUGGAUUCAUUGGAACCAUUCAUCUUAAAGUUACCACCAACAAAGAAUUGACGAGCCAUUGUGAGAUAAUUAUACUAAUUGGGUUAAUUGAUUUAGAAGCAAUUGAUUAGAAAGAGUAAAAGAAGAAAGAAGGGAAUAAGAAGAUUAUAUAAUUGACAACCACACCACUACGAAAUUUCGGAGUAAGGGAAAAAAGGAGCAGAAACUUCCGACGGUGAAAAAAAAAAGCACAAUCAAAACUCCGGGGGGGCUAAACGGGUUUGUGUGCAGUCUCAUGUGAUGAUGAUAGUUAUUUUACACUUUUUG